ACUGGAUGCCAACACGCCAAAAACCAGCAGAAGAAGAAGCAGAAACGUCAUCGUAUUUUUCUAGACGAUGUAAACAAGAGACGAUCGAGGGCAACGGGGAUGAAAUAGGCCAGUGUCACCGCAAGUGAUAGCCACUAUCUGUUGCUAAACGGUUGACAUGGGGCUCCCCGUUACUAUUAAAGUCAAUUUCCGGGGGAAUGUGAAGAGGUUUCUGGCUCAGGAAUUGGACAAACUGGAGUGGGAGUCCGUUGAAGCCUGGAUCAAAGCAUCAUUCGGGAUCAACCACUUUCAAGUCAAAUACUUUGAUGAGGACAAUGAAGAGAUUUGCAUUAACAGUCAAGAUGAGUAUGAAGAAGCCAUGAAGAGUGCAGAGAAACAGGGGAACCAGUUGCACAUGAAUGUGUACAAGAUGAAAGGGCAGGCCUGUGGAGGUCCGCUGAAGGCAGAGGUGAAGGAGCUCAAAGGAGACCUCCGACCGGCCCCUCCUUAUCCAUCAAGGGUCAAAACAGUGGACAAAGGCACACAGGUCACCCCAGAGCGAGAAGCUGUCGCCGUAAAGGACAACAAAGGGACCAAACCAGAAGAUGAGCCCCCUCCCAUGUGGUUCAGAUCAUACAUGGAGAAGUUUAAGGACGAGGUGGUGAAAGAGGUAGUUGAAAGGAUGUGCAGUGACUUUUCCGGCCAGUGUUGUACCCACAAAUCCCCCGAUAGGCCCCAUGAGGGCAGUGGGGCCAGUGGCGGUCCUAUGGGGUCUAGGCCGGGCCCCUCCACCUUGAAUGGAUCUCUUGGCUACACUCCAAACUGCAGCAGCUGCAAUAAACUCACCUCUGAAGGGGCCUACAAGUGCAGUGUGUGCCCGUCCUGCAUCCUGUGUGAGAUGUGCAGACAUAGCCAUGACCCUAGCCACAGCCUUGUGAGAACCAAGACACCUCUCUCCAUCCCGGAACAUGGCAUGUCAGGAGAGUUAAGGUUCCCAAGGCGAGGAGACAGGACAGUACGCAAGGCCGAGCGACAGCGCCUCAAAGCAGAAAGGAGGCAGCUAAGAGCCGAAGUGAAAGAAAUCAAGAAGAAACUGAGACUGGAGAAGAGGGGGCAACAGUGGAGCGGGCCCUCUACCUCAGGCAGAGCCACCCUGACAAACAUGGCCUCCGCGUCCACCCAGGUCCCAGCCCUGCCCCUCCCUGCUGCCUCAGAAACAGCCUCAGGUCCAGCCCCAGCCCAAGGUCCCGUCUCUGCCCCGGCCCCUGAUCCCCAGACCUCCAGUCCAGAGGGUCCCGGGGUCUCACACACGUCCUUGGUGCCCACUAUGGCUGCCUUGUUUCUGGAUGAAAAUCUGCCUGACGGCACCCGUCUGGAGCCUGAUACCAAGUUCGUCAAAUACUGGAAGAUGAGGAACUCGGGCACUAUCAGCUGGACCUCAGAGACUAAGCUAGUGUUCAUGUGGGGAAACCUCGACCUGGCAUCAGAGAAGAGGGAGGUGCCGGCGCCCUUGCUGCUGCCCGGGCAAGUAGGAGUGGUCAGUGUGGCCUUUGUCGCUCCUAUGAUGGAGGGGACGUACACCUCCCACUGGCGGCUGGCACACUGCGGGUGUCAGUUUGGCCCGCGUAUCUGGUGCAGCAUCGUGGUUGACCCCGAUGACAGCCGCAACACACUCGGGCACCAGAGCAAACGACUGAAUGAGCAUGUGAGGUCCAAGGACUGCCGCUGCGCUGACUUGUCUGUAGACGACACCCAUGAUGACUACUACUUCCCCUCAGUCGAGCUGCUGACCGCACAGGAUUUGCUGUCAUUUGAGUUGCUGGAUAUAAAUAUUGUGCAGGAGCUGGAGAAAGUUCCUAACAACACUCCUGUGGAUUUGACACCCUGCAUAUCCCCCCUGCCCCAUGAUGCACCAGUGCUGGAGAAAGGCACCACUUCGCAGAUAAAAGAAGUCACAGAAGUCACAGGGGUCAGGAAACUUUUUGGAAUGAAUCUGCAUCAGCAGAGGGAGCUGUUGGCGCCUGUGGCUCCAGAGGAGGAGAGGGAGGAGGAGAUCAGUGGUGCUCAGUUCCUCUGUGAGACGGUGAUCCGCUCGCUCGCCUUGGAGGAAGCCCCCGACCACAGACCUCUGCGCAGAGCCCCGCACAAACCACAGGUUGUUUCACGGUGUCCCAGCUCUUGUCUCGAGAGAGCAGCGGAGGCUGAGAAGACAGUUGGGGCACAAGAAGCAACUGAGCAGCUCGGUGUUCUCAGACUCAAGAGUUUAGCUGUGCCUCCCAGCACAGGUCUCAACCAGAUCACCCAGGAGGAGGCGACAAGGCCAGUUCUUCUGCUGGAGCCAGUGGAUGAAAACCUGCACACCAUUUCACAUCCUGGUCAUGAGGACGAAGAGGUCGUGGUCUUGAAAGAGAAAGCAGAACUUGGACAAAAAGGAGAAGACUGGGAUGACGUGAGCAGCCAGACCUCAUCAGUCUCCUCCAGUGAUGAUUACAUCAUCGUCCUCCCAGACUGCUUUGACACCAGCCGUCCUCUGGGGGAGUCCAUGUACAGCUCCGCUGUGUCUCAGCCAGACACUGGUGCUGCUGUGACCCCGGCCGACCAAGACCUACAGCAGGAGGAACAAUAUGAGUCCGAGCCAGGCGGGGCGGUACCUCAGAGAGAGAGACAGGAGCAGAUAGAGGCGGUCGCUGCAGAGGAGUCUCCUGUCAACACGUGGCUUUCACCUGUCCCUCCCAUCCACAGCAGUGUGAACCAGAUGCUGUGCGCCUCCCAAAACCUGGAUGCUGUGACGCUCAUUCCUGAAGUGGUGCAACCACCAGUCCUGCCGGCCCCCCCGGCGCCACCACCAACCCUCUACUCGCCCAGGUCUGAGGCACUGUACCUGGCUGAGGACCCAAGUCCCCCAGCCUGUGAACCAUAUGAGCCACACCAGCCGAGGGUCCAUCUAAAUGUAUCAUCUGGUCUGUCCAGAUCAGCAGGCUCAGCAUCCAGUGCCUUUGAGACAUACAACCCCAGACCCAGCAACGCACUGCAGCCAAGGGGCCAAGGAGGCAUCACUGAGGGACUUGUCAAGGGGGCGCUUUCUGUGGCAGCGUCCGCGUAUAAGGCUCUCUUCACUGGACCAAACUGCUCAGUACAGCGAGGCAUCGACCCGGCCACCAGACAGGACCCCUCCCUGAUGGCCAUGCUGCUGGAGAUGGGCUUCAGAGACCAACGGCUCAACCAGCGGCUGCUGAGGAAGCACAGCUACAGCCUGCUGCACACCGUCAACGAGCUGGUGCAGAUGGCCGAAGACAGCCAGAAGAAAGCUGUCCACCCUCAUCACUGAGGGAGGGAAAGCUGUGAACACACCUGUGAGGCUGCAAAGAGUCCCAGCACGAAGUUUGACUUUUAAACAUAAUGCAUAGAGAAUACUUUGAUUCUGACCUGUGUUCGGCUCAGCAGUUCCAGUGUCUUGAUUUAUUUUGAGUUAACUGAAGUAGAUGCAAAGACCUAUUUAUGAUUCAUGCAACUGAUUUUUCAAAGGGUGGAUAGUUUAUAUGGACCAGUAGGACAGUGUCACUAAAAUAUAUGUAAGAAAAAAACAGAACAAUGAAAUAGGAGUAUUUGUCUUGAACACAGUUGAUUGGAGAGAAAUUCUCCUGCCUUUGCCUUUAAUUUAGCUUCAGCAAUCUGGUGAAAUUAACCAUAUAUACACACUUGUGAAUCAUUAUUGCCAUGCCAUGUUUACUUGUGGUGGUCAGAAGAAGCAGGAGAUGUAGUUUUGACAGGGCAGAAGUGUGUAUUUCAGCUUUUCAUCGUGGUGUUUGGAGCCACUUCCUCGGGGGUUUCUUUUGACAAGGCUCAGCUCGAUUCUUCUCACAGAUAGAGCAGUGAAAAUUAAUAUUGUUGAAAGUCAUAUAAGAUGGAAAUGUUCUGAAAAGCCAGCUGUCAUUUAAUACGAUGCUACAUGGAUAUUCUGGGUGUUCAGGGUCAGCAGUGCAGUAGUAGGAGCUACAAACUUUCUGAUUUAUUGUAGUGAAAUCUGCCUACUCAGUGCAAUUUAUUUCUGUGUCAGAGUACUGUUAUUUUAGAUGUUGACAUGUGGAAUGUACACAGAACAGACCGCUGUUCAGACUGAUGUUUUCUACUGCUUAUUAGAGGACAUCUGCACAACAGUAGAGGCUUUAGAGAUGAGUCGCGUUCUUGUGGUCUUAGCACAGUCGCAGUGGAAAACGUCCGCUUUGCGUCGUCUUAACACCCUCACCUGCAUUUUCACGUGUACUCGUUCAACUGACAACUAAGAACUUAGCAGCAAUCCUCUAACAACACAUUCCUCAGUCUCUGAGUGGAACUAUGUUUUGUUCAUUACAUUGCCUUUAUGACAGAUGAUUUUAUUGAAAUACACAAGAUAAUUUGAGAUUGUUGGAGGUGUGUGUAGGUUGAAGUAAAUGUGUGUCUUCAUUUUGUUGAAUUCUUCCUCUAUGUGUGUGGUUGAUGUGUCAGCAACCAUAUUACGUUGAUGAUUGUCCAUGUUUUAAGAAAUCAUGCUCUGAAUAUAUCUACUCUGCUCGUCAAAUUGUUCCUCUGCCACAGAGUGUGCACAUUAAAUACCCUUCUACUGUCAGUCCGCCAAUAAACUACUUGCACAUCU